AUGCAAUUUGGGACGUGGAAUGUACAAGGCCACAUAAGAAAUAAACGUGAAAUUAUAAUCAAAGAUUUAGAAAAAUUAGAAUUAGAUAUAAUUACAUUAACAGAAACCAAAAAGAAAGGUAGUGGGUCUGAAAUAAUAGGAAACUAUCUUCAUUAUUAUAGCGGAGUGCCCAAAGAUCAACGUGCUAAAAGAGGUGUUUCUGUACUUAUAAAGAACAAGUUUAAGAAAAAUAUUACAGAUUGGGAAGGUAUAGAUGAAAAUAUUAUCAGAUUAAAUUUAAAACUUAGAAAUAACAGGCUUGAUGAAAAACUUAUAGAAGAUUCGGAAAGGCCUUUUCACCUAACAUACAAUAAUAUAAUUGACAGUAUUCAUGGAGCCGCAGAGGAAGCAUUAGGAAUAAAAGCGAGAAGAAAGAGCAGAAAGUUGUGGUGGACUGAACUUGUAGAGGAAAAAAAGAUACUGUAUUUUAAAUGGCUAAAUUCGAAAUCUGAACUAGACAAGCGCACUUAUAAUGACAAGAAAAAUGAGGUGAGGAGAAUGGUAAAAGAAGAAAAGAAUAAAGUGUGGGAUGGCAAAUGCAAAGAAAUUAAUACGUAUAUAGGCGGAAGAAGGAAUACGGAAGUAUGGAGAUUUAUAAAAACAACAACAACUGAAAACCAGGAGUCAGCCCUUAUAGAAAUAAUAACCAACAAAGAAUGGGUGAAAUAUUAUUCCAAAUUGUUGUCAGAGAACAGACCUGAGUAUCAAGAACCGCCACAGCCAGAAAUAAACAUUGAAGGAGAGGAAAUCUAUGUGGAUACCAACAAAAUAAAGACCGCUAUAAUGUCUUUAAAGAAUGGAAGAGCAUGUGGCCCAGUGGGCCCAGUAUAUGCGGAACUCAUAAAAUCUGGAAGCAAAAAACUAUUUACAAUGUUAACAAACAUAGUUAACCUGUGCUUAAAUGGUCAUCCAGUACCUGAACAGUGGAAAAAAGCAUAUAUCUCCUCUAUAUAUAAAAAGGGCUCAAGGAAGGAUCCCAAUAACUACAGGAAAAUUUCGGUCACCAGCACUAUGAGUCGCCUCUAUGGAAGGAUACUGAGGAACUUAAUUGAAGAGGAAUACUCCAGCUACGAAGAAGAAGAGCAGAAUGUGCAAUGA